AUGACUGAGGAUAUCACUGGCAGAAUUAUUAUAGAAAUGAAAAAGGACUAUAAUAGGUCUGGUCUUCUAGUAGUAUCACUAGACGGAAAGGAAUAAUUUGAGUAUGCUCCUAUAAACACAAAGAGUAAUCACAUUCAUAGAAAUGAGAAUAAAUUCUUACGAGAGAGAGAAGCAUUGGCUCAAUUUGAUCGUAUCACCCAAGGACAUCAUACAUUCAACUUUAAUUUUACUUAAAAUGGAGGUUCAAAACGACCUCCAACUAUAAACUUUUAGCAAGAUAUCAAAGGUACCGGUGUAAUUGAUAUUUAAUGCUCCUACAAACUUGGAGUAGCAAUAUAUGAUACGAAUAGUGGAAUCGACAAGAUAAUGAAAAAAGAACAUUCAGUCAUUAUUAGAGAUCAUUCAAAGAAAGUAGGGAGGAAAAACUUCAUUGAAGUUGGCUAAUCGUAUGUCUAGUCCUGUUUAGGAAGUCUUGGUUCAGGAGGCAUAAGCUCAUUCUAGAUUAAAUGUGAGUAAGAUCACUUAUAAAAUAGUGAGAAAAUCAAGAUUCUCAACAAAAUAGACAAUACCAAGAGUAAAUAGAGGAUAUCAAGAGUGUAAGUCAAACUAAUCAGGCAAAUCCGGUUGCACACUGGAAACAUCUCCACCAGUAGUGCCUAUGAUACUUUGCUGAGUCAAACUAUAUGGAAGAAAAGCUAUGAUGGAAUAUAACCAAAAACUAGAGAUAGAGAUUUUAAUAGGCUUUACGAGAUCAAUUUAGACGAGAUAUUUGAAAAAGAGAGGGAGAGCAGCCUUAAAUUUCGAGAGUACACAGAAGAUAAUGAUAUAAGCGAUGCAAAUAAUUUGAUAUCUAUCAUUCCUAGUUCUUUUGGCCGCAUAUUUAUGGUUUAAUACUCAGUUCAAGUAUCAUUAUUGCAUCAAAGUUUUUUCAGCAAGAAAACCUGUCUGGACAUAGAUGUAAAUAUCGAGCUUUCAGAUAAGGAUUUCGAAAAUGAGGAAAUUAGAUUAAAGAAGUAUAGGAAUAAAUCAUAUAGAUUCAACAAUGGACCUUGA